AACCGUAGACUGGGUCCAGCCCUUUGGCCGUCGCACGAUAGACUGAGACCAGGCGAGUCCCGUCCAAAGGCUCUCGAUCGUCGAGCUCAUCCAAUUUUUGAAAUAUAUCCAGCCGCACGCUGGCCGGCAUCAUUACGCCAUGCUGCCUUUCCGCAGCAGCUCGCGAAACUCGCGGAGAUCGCGUAAGAGCCUCGAGGCCCAUCAACAACACGAGAACCCCAAUUCGCUCGAAUGGCAACCCGAUCGGGAUCAAUACAUAAUGUCCUUCCCAAUACAUCCUCUAUCUUCCAUGCAAGGGCCGUUCGAGGAGAGCAUACUAGCUUCCACAGUCGAGGGUGGAUAUGUUCCUUUCCAAAAUCCAAAUAAGAGCGUGGAAAAGCGACAGGAAAUGAUCUGCAAGGAUGGAGAGGCCUCGGAACUCGAUUGGAACUUCACAUACAAUUGCCACUGGCGACAUCACGCCAGAGGGAAAUAUCACCCGCUUUUGAUGACGAUAGCACAAAUCGUCUUUGGCGUUCAUCUCCUACAUCAGCACCUGGAGAAGUCGGUGGCUGACGUGGCCGAGAUCCUGCUCAAACAUGUCAAUGAGCUUGAUGCUUUCCUCCAGCGAGCUAACGAAGAUAUCGAAGGCAGUCUUAAGGACAUGCUGUUCCGCCGGAAGUGUUUGAAGGUGCCAAUGGAGCAUGUGAACGAGUUUGACCGUUUGCUGGACGAUCGCACAUAUCGUGCACAGCUCCUGGACGGCAACAUCACCAUUGAGAGGACCAUAAACCGGAUGUCCCAGAUGCUAAAUGAUUACCUCGUUGAUAUGAGUACCUAUCGAGACGCAAAUACUGAACUAGACAUGUAUCUCGCCAGCAUCGGGAACACCUGGACCAGCCACAAUGACGACGUUGCACGAAUAUAUUCCGCCAUGUGUGGAAACACCGCCGGUUGGUCGCAAUUCUUACAGAGCCUCGUUGCCAAAGCAGAGAAGCUCGGCGUCGUUCUCGUCCAGGUCAGCAGCUACUGUCACGAAAUUGAAAAGCGGUGUGGAGCGGCCAGCCGCCGUAGUAUGAUUGCGAGCCGCUCAUCGUCAAGGAGCACGAGUUCGAGAGAUGCUGGACGGUCUUUUCGGAAUUUCGCGGACAAUAAGCCGCUCCCCAUGGUCCCCAAUGAGCGACCGCCCUUCAUGCCGUCUUCUAGUAUGCUAGGUGAGACGAGAUCCGGGGAUAGUACCCCUCCCAGACCUGGAGAAGUCCACCAGCCUCGUGGGCGGACAGGCCGGAUACGGACAAUCGAACAUUCAGACUCCGACGACUCGCUGCAACGCGAAGGAGGAUCCAGGCAGCUCUCGGCGGCUAUAUCUUCACAAGCCUCUAGUUCCGACGUGACUGUGUUGCCGCGCAGCCACGAGUCGCAGUCAUCAAUGUCACGAGACCUAAGUUCGAGUGCCUCUGAUCGCCAAGUAACUGGAAGCAAAGAGCCCACAGGUGAACCAUACCAAGCGUCAACUCGCGUUUUACAGCGUUCUGAACCCCAACCUUCCACUAUGCCCCUCGAGACAUUAGAAGCAAAACGUUUUGUGAUACACCCAGCAAAGGACGAGCAGAGUCCACCAUUAACGGGCAAAGACUCUGCAUAUUCUUCUGUGUCCGGUGGAUCUUUUGCCUCGCCAACGGGCCUGCCACCACGAUCCGCUUCGGCACAAUCAUCCCAUCCUCGUGCACAGUUUGGGUUGUUCCCGAGCAGUGGGCCUAGCACACCCAAGCUCUCCUCAUCAGGUUUGCAUGUUGCAAUGUCUCCUCCAGCUUCGACGAGUCGUUCCCGCCCAGCGCCGGCGCCAGCACAAGAUCCUGCUCCCCGAGCGCAGUCAGCCAUGGAGUAUCGCGCCCCAGAGCUGCCAGCGUCCAAGGGCUUGUUAAGAAAAUCAAGUCUUUCGUCCUUCAAGCGGUUGUUCAGCAAGAAGAAGCAAGAGUCAGUGGAGACGAUUGCUGAGUGAAUCUUUCUUGUAUGUCUUUUCAGCGGGCAUUCUGUCGCCAGUUUUGUUUCGUUUGGCGAGUCUUGCACUUAUAUACCCAACUCGUCGGCUUUUUGUAUAUUGCGAAGUAGCCGCGCGCGCGUAUGCGUCUUCGCUCGAUAAUGUAUUAUAGUAAUGG